UCCCAGCUCUUCCCCCUCUCUCUCUCAGCCUCUCUCUCUCUUUCUCUCUCUCUCUCUCUCUCUCUCUCUUCCUCGCUCCCUCUCUUUCUCUCCUCCCUCUGCCUUCCCCGUGCAUAAAGUCUCCGUCGCUCUUGGAACUUGUUGGCAAUGCCUAUUUUUCAGCUUUCCCCCGCGUUCUCUAAACUAACUAUUUAAAGGUCUGCGGUCGCAAAUGGUUUGACUAAACGUAGGAUGGGACUUAAGUUGAACGGCAGAUAUAUUUCACUGAUCCUCGCGGUGCAAAUAGCGUACCUGGUGCAGGCCGUGAGAGCAGCGGGCAAGUGCGAUGCGGUCUUUAAGGGCUUUUCGGACUGUUUGCUCAAGCUGGGCGACAGCAUGGCCAACUACCCGCAGGGGUUGGACGACAAGACGAACAUCAAGACCGUGUGCACAUACUGGGAGGAUUUCCACAGCUGCACGGUCACAGCCCUUACGGAUUGCCAGGAAGGGGCGAAAGAUAUGUGGGAUAAACUGAGAAAAGAAUCCAAAAACCUCAACAUCCAAGGCAGCUUAUUCGAACUCUGCGGCAGCGGCAACGGGGCGGCGGGGUCCCUGCUCCCGGCGCUCCCAGUGCUUCUGGUGUCUCUCUCGGCAGCUUUAGCGACUUGGCUUUCCUUCUGAGCGCGGGGCCGGCUCCCCCCCGCGCGCCCACCCACACUCACUCCAUGCUCCCGGAAAUCGAGAGGAAGAUCCAUUCGUUCUUUGGGGACGUUGUGAUUCUCUGUGAUGCUGAAAACACUCAUAUAGGAUUGUGGGAAAUUCCGAUUCUCCUUUUGAUUUCGUUCGAUUUCUUGUGUUUUAUUUGCCAAAUGUUACCAAUCAGUGAGCAAGCAAGCACAGCCAAAACCGGACCUCAGCUUUAGUCCGUCUUCACACAAAAAUAAGGAAAACGGCAAACCCACCCCAUUUCUUUUUUAAUUUUUAUUUUUUUGGCACAAGAAUCUCAGGAACGGCCCUGGGCCACCUACUAUAUUAAUCAUGUUAAUACAUGACAAAUGAUGGGCUCCUCCUAAUAGCAAAGAGAGGAGAGGAGAAGGCCAGGGGAAUGAAAUCAAGAGAGAUGUCCGCGAGGAAGGCAUAUGGUGAAUAACUCACGCUCACGUCUUUCUUCCACAGUAUCUUGUUUUGAUCAUUUCCACUGCACAUUUCUCCUCGAGGAAAGUGAAAGGACAGAUCGUUGACUUUGCGUUUUAAGGAUAGGAGGGAGAGAGGGAAAGGAUUGAGGAAAUCUCGGGGGUAUAGGGAAAGGCUGCCAGCAGAAUCGUUGCUAAAGUCACUGAGAGGUUAAGCUUUACCUGGUGUUGUUGAUGCAUCUUUCAAAGUCCACUGCCUUUAUUUUCCCUCUCGUUUUAGCUGUUACACAUACGGUAAUACCUGAAUAUCCAACGGUAUAGAUCACAGGGGGGGAUGUUAAAUGUUAAUCUAAAAUAUAGUUAAAAAAAAGAUUUUGACAUAAAAGAGCCUUGAUUUUAAAAAAAAAAGAGA